UCAAGCAUCAUGAAGACUAUCGCUGUUCUCCUCUCCGUCGUCGCCGCCGCUGUCGCCCUUGGGCCUUGCAUCUGUACCUACGAAUAUAAUCCAGUAUGUGGAUCUGAUGGUCGUACUUAUGGAAACUUGUGCGGCUUGAAGUGCGAACAGCGCACAGAUUCCUCCCUGACUUUCGCCUACGAUGGAGAAUGCGAAAGAGAUUGCUCCUGCACCAGGGAAUUCAAACCAGUUUGCGGUUCCGACGCAGUCACUUAUGACAACAUCUGCCUGUUGAGAUGCACCCGCAAAUACGACGCCUCUGUACAUUUUCUGUACGAAGGUGCUUGCACGAAGGACCAAGAACCAUUGCCCAUCUGCACUAUGGAAUACGAUCCGAUCUGCGGCUCCGACGGAAUCACUUAUGGCAACAAAUGCCACUUCGAUUUAACCAGGCGCACCAAGAAAGAUCUCUACCUCAUCAAAUACGAUGAAUGUUAAAUGAAAUCCCAAAUAUUAUUUUAAUCUGAAUAAAUGAAAAAUUGAACAAA